UAUUUUGUACCGCGGCGCGUCUGCAGUUGAGUCGAUUUGCUCAUCGGCUACGUUUAUGUUUAAUAUGCGGAAUUUAUAACAAUAAUAUCGCAUAAUCCGCUUUGGACAACGAGCUACCGAACGUGGCAGCAGAUCACACGCAUUUCGUGACAGUAAAAUGCAUUUGUUCAAUCUCAAGAUUAUCAAGAAGCAAUACUUAGCGCUCGGGAUGUUGAUUUUCGUAGUAUUAUUUUUGUUUAAUUCUAAACCCGCGUUCCAGUGUCAGUUAACCCCGGAAACAGCGGCCUACUUGCCGACAAUUUACGGGAUUACGCCAACGUACGCAAGACUGGCGCAGAAGGCUGACUUGACAAGGUUAUCUCAAACUCUGAUGCUAGUGAAGAAUUUUCAUUGGAUCGUCAUAGAGGACUCUGAUAUAAAGACUAAGCUAGUGGAAACCCUGCUCAAGGAAUCAAACUUAAAAUAUACACAUCUCAAUGCAAAGACUGAAAAACCUAAAGGAUCUUCGGCAAGUGGCGUGGAGCAGCGUAAUAAGGCCUUGGAUUGGCUGCGAGCGCACCUGAGGUCUCCAGAUGGUACCUCGGGGGUCGUAUUCUUCAUGGAUGACGACAACACAUACUCUCUGAAGGUCUUCGAUGAGAUGCGAAAGAUCAAGAAAGUAGGUGUCUGGCCGGUGGGCAUAGUCGGGGGCAUGCGUGUGGAGAUGCCACUGGUGACGCACGGCAAGGUGUCCGGUUACAACGCCGUGUGGAAGCCGUACCGGCCGUUUCCCAUCGAUAUGGCGGGUUUUGCCAUCAACGCGACUCUUUUCCUGGACUUUCCUGAGGCGAAGUUUUCCAGGAAAGUGCAGUCUGGUUUCCAGGAAAGCGAAAUACUAAAAUACGUCGUAACCCAACAGGAGCUAGAGCCUCUAGCCGACAACUGCACCAAGGUAUAUGUAUGGCACACACGCACCCAGAAACCGGCCAUACUUAACCCGAAAAAACUCAAAAAAGCUCUGGUCCCUGACGACCAUAUUGAGGUUUGAAAUGUUUCCGAUAAUCAUCAUAUCGGUUUUACGCUGAGCGUUGAACGCUUGAUUUUAGAAUCCCAAGGGAUUUCGACUAGUUCUUAAAAUGAGCUGUGCUCCUUCAAUGUGUGAAAACAUUUCCUGAUAAAUAGACGAUGUACGUAUCAAAUUCAGUAUAAUACUAGCCAAAUAUUGACUACAGCCCUACCAAUUAGCAGUUAUUAUCACUAAAGUGAUCUCAUUUCACAAUUUUUAAAUUAAGGCAGGCAGUCUUAUGCACUACUUAUUUAAAUGU